AUGGCAACGAACGGCGCUGCAGCGCCAGCGCAGCCAGCUGCAGCAGGCCAGACAGCAGGUCCGCAACAAGUGCAGAUACGAGAGGUCCAGCAGAGCAACACACGAGAGAAUCGCACCGCUGCGCAUUCACACAUCAGAGGACUUGGUCUCAGAUCAGACGGCUUCGCAGAUGCCAAUGCUCAGGGGUUUGUGGGACAGCAGCAGGCAAGAGAGGCAUGUGGCGUCGUGGUGGAUUUGAUUCGGGCAAAGAAGAUGGCCGGAAAGGCGGUGCUACUGGCAGGUGGGCCAGGGACAGGCAAGACGGCCAUGGCACUCGCAGUCUCGCAGGAGCUAGGCACAAAGGUGCCUUUCUGCCCAAUGACUGGCAGCGAAGUGUACAGCGCGGAGGUGAAGAAGACGGAGGCUUUGAUGGAGAACUUCCGAAGAGCAAUUGGUCUGCGCGUGCAAGAGCGCAAGGAGGUUUACGAAGGAGAAGUUGCAGAGCUCACGCCGGAGGAGAGUGAAAAUCCGCUUGGCGCAUAUGGCAGGACCAUCUCACAUCUUCUGAUCACACUGCGAAGCUCUAAGGGUACCAAGAAGCUACGACUAGAUCCAAGCAUAUAUGAGGCCAUCCAAAAGGAGCGCGUCAGGCUUGGAGACGUCAUCUACAUCGAGGCGAACACAGGUGCUGUGAAAAGAGUAGGAAGGUCCGAUGCUUUCUCGACCGAGUUCGAUCUGGAAGCCGAGGAGUAUGUGCCGGUGCCAAAAGGCGAUGUUCACAAGAAGAAAGACAUUGUGCAAGACGUCACACUACACGACCUUGAUGUAGCCAAUGCGCGGCCGCAGGGUGGUCAGGAUGUCAUGAGCAUGAUGGGUCAACUCAUGAAGCCGCGCAAGACGGAGAUCACGGAGAAGCUGCGAGGAGAGAUCAACAAGGUCGUCAACAAAUACAUCGAUCAAGGCAUUGCAGAACUGGUGCCUGGCGUGCUGUUCAUCGACGAGGUCAGUACCCUGCUGGCGAUUAUCGAUUCGAUGCUAAGACAACAGAACAGGUCCACAUGCUUGACAUUGAGUGUUUCACUUACCUCAACCGCGCUUUAGAAUCAACAAUAUCACCCAUCGUAAUCCUUGCGUCCAACAGGGGGCAAACCACAAUUCGGGGAACAGGUUCUUUGCAAGCGAACGAUCCGGGCCUGAUCUCAGCUCAUGGUAUCCCACCGGAUCUUCUUGCCCGUCUGUUGAUCAUUCCAACGCAUCCAUACAGCAGAGACGAGAUCCGCACCAUCAUUCAGACGCGGGCUAAGCUCGAAUUCGCAACGCCCACGGCUCCGCAGCUGGCAGACAACCCGCAGGCACUCAAGGUCACCGCUUCCUUGAACCAAGACGCACUGGAUGAAUUGACGAAGCGUGGCGAGACCGUUUCUCUGCGUUACGCGUUGCAGCUCCUUGCACCGGCCAGCAUUCUAGCGCGUGCUCGUGGUAGCGAAAAUAGUAUCAUCAGUGGUGCCGACGUGCUAGAAGCUGCAUCGUUGUUUUGGGAUGCGGGGCGGAGUGCAGCAGGACUGAGGGAACGAGCAAAGGACUUUAUCUCGUGA